GUCGCUGUAUUCCGAAACUGUCAGUUGACGUGAGAUCAUCGGGCGUAGGUAGAACUGCAGUCGGUACCGGGCCGGUGUAAAUGUCUAUAGUUUUCGUGUUGACUGUAUAAAAGUAAAAUUAAUUAACUGAACUCACUUAUUUUACUUUGUAUAACAUUAUUAAAAAUAUAAACAAAAACGAAAUAUAACGUUAACCUAUCGACAACCAAGAGUUGUCUUAUUAUUCAUCUAAACCGGCUUUUUCCGAAACGUCAGAUCAUGAUGAGAGGAGGACAAGUAGAGCAUUUCUUGGAGGAUACGCCUCAUCACGAUUCAAGGCUUCAUGGCGUUUUUAACAAAAUUUCUGACAUUUUACAACAUCAAAAUUCUCCGACCAAACAGAAGAUGUCAUCUGAGGUGAUCGAAUCGAUUCAACCAGAAAGAUUCAACGUCCCGAUUAAUGAAUUGGGCUGCUGCGGCGCGGACGACGCGGAGGACGGGGCCGCGACGCGCGCGCUGGCCCGCCGCCUCGAGGAGGAGCUGCGCGCCGCCAAGUCGGCGCAGCUGGCCUGCGGCGAGGUGCUGCUGCCCGCGGACCUGCUGCCGCGCGUGGCGCGCGACGUGCUGCGCAUGGCGGAGAACGAGCCCUGCGGCCUCAGGGGAUGCACGCUGUUCCUCAACUUCGAGACGGAGCAGAUGUGCAGGCGGAUAGGCACCGUCAAGUGCGACCCCAACACCGUGUCCACGUUCGAGCUGUUCCUCACGCUGAAGCAGGACGCCACGUCCUGGCACUCGCUGCUGCCGCAGUUCCUCAAAAACCUGACGAGGGGCGGCACGAUCGUGAUCAGCCCGGGCUUCACCCUGGAGAAGAAGAAGCUGUACCGCUCCUGCCUGGAGUAGAGCUGCUUCCAGGGACUGGAGAGCCUCCUGCCAUCAACCCAUUGUUUGUUUCUUUUCAUCAGAGAGUCAAGACUGAAAAAUGUCCCGUACUGCAGCUGGUGGUGAUCGCCCAGUUUGACUUCGUCAAUGUUGGAAAAUUGCGUUAGUAGGAAGAUUGAAUUGAAAUUGACGCAGACUUUCAGGAAUUGUAUGUGCAAGUAAAUGGACGACUUAAAAUGAGAGUACAUAUUAUCUAACAAAUUAUUUAAAAAUAAAAAUAUAUUUAUUUUUCUAAUUUUUUUUUGUGUAACUUGGAACUACAACUUGCACUGACAAAUUCUUGCCAUAAUAACCUUUUUUCAGCAAGUUGUUACAGAAUUUAAAUAUAUAUAUAUAUUUCUUGGAGAACGUUUCUUCUCGUGUAUAAAUUUAGGUACCAAUUAUUUUAAUUAAAUUUAUUUGAAACAUUCGGUUCGUUACACUGAAAUUGUCUGUUUUUACAUCUGGUGGCGAGAAGAUGGAAAUUGAAUUGGCAGACCAGAGGUUACUUUUUGUGCGCAGUUUUUUUCGGUAUCUGCUGCAGUAUGCUUAUUCGUUGACGACGUGAUGAAAGCAAUACUUGGAAUUUUGUGAAGUGCAAAGUUAAGUUGUUGCUGUUUUUGUUUUAACAAAGACUUAAAUCUGAUUUUGUGAAAGUGUGGAUGGGUUAAGAGGUAGAAGGUGAAGUUUUCUUCUUCCUCUGUUCUUGUUGUUCACAAAUAUGGCAUAUGGUUCACCUCUUGCUGUUGAGUAAUGCAUUUUUAAGUACGUGUAUCCAUUUCACAUCUUUUCAAAGUUCACUAUAUUUAGACUUCAUAUUUUUUAUUUAAAAAAAAAAAUUAGUUUGCUUAAAAUUUUAACAUUGAUUACUCUUCCAGUCAACAGAAACAUGUUGCCAUGAUCUCAGAACCUUGUAUUGAAGUAUUUCUGUGCUGAUAAAAAAUAGUAGAUGAGAAAUCUCAAUAUUUUUUCUCCAGAUAGUAUUAGUGAUGCUGCGUAGGUCAUUACUAUUGUGUGAGGAUAGUGUGGUAAUAAAGUAGUGCCAGUUAGUGCACAUACUAAUAUCAAUUUAUGUAUAUUUUAUCUACGUAAAAAUAUAAACUUUUAAAUGAGGUGUUAUUUUAGUUGCAUUAAUUGGGAUUUCUCGUUAUGAAUUAUGUGCAAAGAAAAUUUCACUUGCCCCAUUAAUUAUAAAAAGAUUUUUUCAAAGAUUAUGGGCGAGUGGAAUUGUGUUGUCAUAGUCAGGAAGUUGUGAUAUGUAGAGAACCUAUAUGCAAUGGAAUACUCCUAAUAGAUUAAAUGUGAGAAUUUUAUUAUAUAUAUUUAAUUUAGAUAUAUAAAGCAUUGUGAUAUGUGUCCCCCCAAUAUUUUUUUUAAACAGAAGGUUCUACUGAAUGGUUAAUACAGUGUAACAAUGUGUGUAAAGGCUGACUUGUACCUGGGGGGAUGAUUUUCUAUUACUGUUAAUAGUGCCUGUAGUUCUGUUUUACUCAUUCUAUGUGGGCCUUUUUUUUCCUCACUUGAAUUACUACGACCAUUAUGGUAGUGUUGAAUUCAUUUGUUGAUCAGUAUUUCCACUCUUUGAAUCAUUUUCCACUUGAUGGUGGAAUAUCUGUAGUCUUUCAUGUACAGCAUAAGAGUUUAAUGUUGUCAUAGAAAUUAUUCAUAUGCUUUUUGUACUUUAUCAGAAAGAAAAAAAGUGCGAAAAAAGACAAUAAAAACUUGAAUAAUUUAAA